AUGUCAAUUUGUAAAAAAAUUAUAAUAUCUGGAUAUUUUUCAAUUUUUUCUACAUUAUUAAUAAAAAAAAAAAUGGGUUGCACAGCGAACGGCACCACCCCCUCCAUUGACAAACGCUCAUUGUCAUCUACUAAUGGCACAAGGCCUACUCUCUCGUCAAACUCCGUUCUCGCUCUUACUACCGGUGAUCCGACGGUGUUCCAGCCAUUUUGGCGAAAGAUGGGUGACAAGAGUAAGGUGGUGAUCGACGGGGGUGAGUUGAUGAGCUAUUUCAGUGAUGUGGGAAAUGUGUGCUGGUUUUUGGAGCCGGAACUCGGGGAUGCGAUCAGGAGGCUGCAUCGUGUGGUCGGGAAUGCGGUAACCGAAGAUAGGCAUAUCGUGGUGGGGACGGGCUCAACGCAGCUCUUCCAAGCUGCGCUUUACGCUCUCACUAUUCCCGCUGCCGCUGGCGUUGAGCUUGAGCCCGUCAGUGUCGUGUCUUCCGCCCCUUAUUACUCGUCAUAUCCCGAAGUGGUAGAUUGCCUGCGCUCGGGCCUCUACAAAUGGGGAGGUGAUGCAUGUAGCUUUGAUAAAGAUGGACCUUACAUAGAGGUGGUCAACUCACCAAACAACCCAGAUGGUACUCUUCGAGAGUCUGUGGUGAAAAGUGGUCAAGGAAAUGUUAUCUAUGAUCUUGCUUAUUACUGGCCGCAAUACACGGCUAUUACUUCGGCAGCAGAUCACGAUAUUAUGCUAUUUACAUGUUCCAAAUGCACGGGACACGCCGGUUCCCGCAUUGGCUGGGCUCUUGUGAAGGAUAAAGACAUUGCUAAGAAGAUGACUCAAUAUAUAACAAUCACUUCAAUUGGUGUAUCAAAAGAAUCACAAUUCAGAACUGCGAAAAUCAUGGGGGUAAUUUGUGAUGGUUGCCAGAAUGUUGGGUCUGCCGAAUCGGAAAACUUCUUUGAAUAUGCCAGAGAGCUCAUGUCUAAAAGAUGGCAAAAAUUACGAGAAGCACUUCAGCAUAGUAAAUGUCUCAGUUUGUUCAAGUAUCCGCGAGAACGCUGCCUCUUCACUGGAGAGCUCAAUGAAAGGCUGCCGGCCUUUGCGUGGUUGGAGUGCAAAGAAGGCAUCAAGGACUGCGAGGAAUUUUUACGAGGAUUUGAUAUCGUUGGAAGAGGCGGGAAGGCUUUUGGAGCCGACCCCAAGUUUACGAGGAUUAGCUUACUGUGCAGGGAAGAAGAUUUUAAUGGAGUCAUUGAACGAUUACUGGCGAUCAAGGGGAUUAGGAACGGAAAUUAA